AUGACGAAUAAUGAAGUCGGAAAGCCGCUCGGCGGCCAUAAUUUCCACGCGGCGCAGGCCAUUCCGGUUUUGGCGUCGUUGGCUCCGCCCACUUCCACGCUACCGUAGGACGCCGUUUUUGGGCUUUUCCUGGUCGAUUUCGAUACUCUUUUCAUUCAAAAAGGGAAUGACAGAAAAAGAAUGGGAAAGACAAAAGGUGAAGCGAUUUUUAAUUCGCAAGAAAUAUUUAAAGGCGCAUAGCUAAGUCUAAUAGAAGGUCUUGUAGCGGAGAUCUUUUCCAGACUUCGAUAUACCUUUUUCAACCAUCAAACAACUCGUAGAAAUAAUUCUGAUCAAAAAGUCUCAAAAAAUUUAAUUUUCUUGGUCUUCGAAUGGUCCUUGUCCCUUUAUCACAAAGUUAAAGGAUAGGAUGAGGAAAUCGGCUUUAGCACAAAAUAUAAAAAAUUUAUGAGUUUAUAGAAAUCUACAGAAACCUUCUUAAUCCCGGUAAAAGUUCAGCGGUGAAUAGAAAUGUGUUAAACUCGACCUUUCCAAGCGUAAGCCUCGAAAAAUUGAUCAAAAAAACUUCUUUCUUGCUUUCAAAGAAAUAAAGAAGUUCGAACCAACCCCGAUCCCAUUCCAAGUAAAACCAAAAAAAAAAAGAAAGCUCGAGAAAGGCGGAAAUUCCAGGAUCUGGCGGUUUUUCGUCGCCGUCUUGCGCUCCUCCGCCAUUUCAACGCCACGCCCCUUUUUCGGGAGCGCUUGUCGUCUCGUGGCUCACACUGUGUGCGUUUCUGCCAAUGUGCCAUAUACCUUCCAGGCUUCCUUCAAGCAUUUUUCCUUCUUUUUUUUUGUUCUUUCCGCUUUCACGCUUCAUCGAUCGGUGCUAAUUAAUCGAGAGAUGCGUGAAGUUAAUUCUUUUGAUUCUGACAGAUACGAGAUUUUUGAAAUACUUCUCUGCCGGAUCCAGCUAUACGUAGACCUCUAGAAAUACCACGUUAUCAAAAUAGUUUCUCUUUCAAAAGUACCUUUCAAGUGUAAAAAGUAUUUGGACGAAGGAAGGUGUAAUGUUGUUGCAGUCCCAUUGGCUUAUUUGAUCCUUUUCCUCACCAUUUCUUACUUUUCCACAAACAAACAUUGUUUAACGAUAUUUUUUUCCCGAAAAGUUUCCUGUCACUAGAAAAAAAUAAUUUAAAAAUUACUGUCUAAAGUAAAGAUGUAUACACUGCUAAGCGCCGAAGACACCCAAUUUGACGACAUGAAAAAUUUUUUUUUUCGCUUUUUUUUAAAUUUUUGUUUUUUCUGUACCCUUUCUGCAUACCUCCACGGGGAGGUCGGUUUUUUUUUAAUGUCUACGUAUCUGCUCAGUUCAGGUUUCAGUUUAUUGUUUUUUUGAGACUUUUUGAACUUAUGAAAGCUUUAAAAUUUUAUAUAUCAAGUUUGAAUGGUUUUAGGUUUUUAUUUGAAUAUACGUUAGUUAAAAACUUAACGAGGGUAAAACUCAUUAGAAGAUUGUAAAGGUUAAAAAAAUUUCUCUCCACUUUCCAUAAUUUCACGAUUUUCCUUGUUGAUUUCGAAAUUUCUUUAGAAAUUCGGAAUUAAGUUCUCUGUUUUAUUUUUUUAGUGCAGGCUAGUUUUUUUGAUGCGCGGGAUAUAUUGAUUGAACGAUUUCGUUUUAUGAAUGCGUAAAUUGUAAUUUUUUUCUCGAAAUUUUCAAUGAUUUUUUUGAAAACUUUUUUUCAGUUACUUAGUUGGUUUAAUAGGCAGUCGAUAAUAUUUUUUUACGAGCCCAUAAGUGAACGUUUUCUUAUUUCUCCAUGAAACAAUGUCUUUUUGUUAGAACAGUGUUCCCAUAAAAAAUCAUUGUUCAAAUUAUUUUUUUUUCUUAAUUUUUGAUUUUUCAAAUUCGAUAUUACUUCAAGUUAACUGCCGGCCUGUUUCGUCGAAAAAUUGCUAUCCUUGAAGGAAAAUUUGACUCUCCUUAUAAGCUUGUCGACAAUUCUUCUCAAAAAAAGUCUUAUUAUAUUUACCGCAGCUUAUUUCAGUUUCAUUCUAGUGAAAAAUUUUCUAAUUUUUCUCUAAUGGUUCAUUCGGAUACACUGUCACCUGAAAGUCCAUCUUUCGAUUGUUUUAAUUCGAUAAAAAUCCUAUUAACCAAGAAGAGAAACUGAUUUUUUUUUUCCUGAUAUUCCUAGCGGAGACGACGAAAUCAUUGAUACUUUAUUGACCUGAUGUCCCUUUUGAAGGCAGUUUUUUCAAUGGAAAACGUUAUUUUAAAGCGAAAACUUGCCUUUUUUCUGAUUUCCUUUCCCGAAUAGUCUCACCCCCACUCAACUUUUCAGUCCAUUUUACUGCAAAUAAAGUUUUUUCAAGUUAAAAUUUGGCUCGUUUUGGUUCUGCUAAAGGUCUUGCCCAGACAGUCCAAUCGGAUACAACCUCAAAGGCUUUCGUCCGAAACGUAUAUUGACCUGAUAUACUUCUCGAAUAUCCUCCAUAUAAGCGGCUCGGCGAGGAGGGCGGUUAACAUGUGGCAAGGCCUGUAAAGGCGCCGUCCGCCAGACGCGCCAGGUUUGGGCGGAGCUCCGUGUUCUGUUACAAACCUGCCGUCCGAGCAGUUGCCCGGACUCGAUAUGCUCAUUACACUGUUUUCGGGAGGAGAGCGAGAGCUCCGCUGUGUAUGUGCGGCUCAUCUCGUGGUUCCCUUCUUCGUUUUCUUGGAAUCUGUUGAGGUUUCCCGAAAGUAUUUUCCUAGUGAGCUAGGCUCCAGAACAGUUAGAUUUCUGAAUCUUUGCCCCUUUUUUUCGAUUUUUUUAAAAAAAUUUAGAGGCAGUUGGAAAAAAAGUUGAAAGCUUUUUUUAAAUAGCGCAAAAAUAAAUUUUUUUCAGAAUUUUUUUCGUUUUUUUGAUUUAUAUCUAAUUUUCAAAGACCCCUUAGAUGACAAAAACUAUUUUUUUAUAAUCGAAUCGAAACCGUUCUUCGGGAGGUUUUCGGGUACAUAAAUAUCCAUUUAAUCAUUAUUUUUUUCAAAAAAUCAAGCUUGAUCGUGUUUAAUGAUUCAAAUUUUCUUUUUCUUUUUUUGACUUUUUUUAAAUUUCAACUUUUCUUCAUUAGAGAUUUCCCACUUUUCAAAGCUCAUGUAAAAUCAAUUUAAGCUUGCUUUCUUUUUCCUUCUCAUUUUUCAGCCUUUCAACAGUUCUUGUGAAUAUAAUCUUGCUUGAAACUUGGUUCUCCCCAGACUCUCAGCCAAAUUCUCCUUCCCAACAACUUGACAACUACAGUAGUAGGCUAUUAAGGAGACGUCGGCCCACAUUCUGACCUACAAAAGGCCAGAAACGGGUUUCCCCCCACCAACUUCUAUAUUAUGCAUCUAAUAAACGUGCUUCGCCUCGACAAGAAUAUGCCGAAAAAAAAGAAGAAUCCCCGCCGUGUUAUAAUUUCGGGGACACCGUAGUUGUAGUAGGAGUAGUAUGAAUUUGGAGAAAAACUCGGGCCGCUCCCCCUGGCUCCGCCCACAACGCACUCGAUCUGGCUGAGAACCGCCACAUCAAGCCAAGAAAUUACUUUCCUCGGCGAUUCCUUCUACCAUUUCGACGGUUUUGGUUGGUUCUCAGCUCGAGUCUGAGCUACUGUGAAGCUGAACUCGAAGCGUUAUCUAUUGAAGUUUUUCUCAUCAAGCUUUUCAUAGUUUUUUGGGAGUUCUAGGCACUUUAUAAUUUUUUUCUCUAUUUUUUAGGCCUUGAAUGUAACAUUUAUUUAGAAAAACCAGAAUUUUACUAUUUUCCAGAAUAAAUCUCAAAAUCUUUUUUAUUUUAUCGGAAUGACCUGAAUCUUGAUAUCUUCUCUGGAUUCCAAUAGAAAGCUCUUUUUUUUGUCUUGGAAUGUAGAACUCAACAAGUUUUUUUCGCAAAAUUUUUUUGGCAAAUGAAACCUGAAGCUUCUGAGAUUAAUAUGAUUAUUUUGAUGGUUCGUUUUUUUCUAAGAAGUUAGUAUCAUAUCUUUACUUUUUCGGUAGUAUACUACUUGAAGGUUCAGACUUGAAGCCUAACAAAAAAUUUUAAUGGUUUCUAUCGUUUCAAAUAAAUCUCUAUAAUUUUUUUUUCAUAUCAAAAUACCUAAAAAGUUCCUCGAUCUCUCAUUGUACAUAGAGAUUAGUUUUUUUAUUUUUUUCAAAAUUACAACUUAUCCAACAAAAAUUUAAAUCAGUUUCAGUUCUUUCAUAUUUUUUUCUCGUUCAUCAACAGAAUUUUUCGUGAAUAUUUCAUUGCUCAGAAAAAUAACUCAUCCUUUUUUUGCCAAUGACAUAAAUGUCUCUCGAGAAAAAAAGAAAUCGUACAAUGACCUUUUUUUGUCUCCCCCAUGUGCGGUAAGAAACAGGAUGAAAAAAGACGAGGUACGUGUCCCCGAGAUGCGACACGGCCUUUUAGAAAAUAUGAAACGUUGCGUCGUUCGAAAAUAGAUGCGAACAGUUUGGGGGCUAAAAGCGGUGGGAGGCAAAUGAAAAGAAAGCAAAAAAGGACGAGAUGAAAAUGUCACAGAUUUUUAUCAGUCGGAAGGCAUUUUGUCCAUCUUCGCCGCCGCCUUCCUCAUUCUUUUUUCCCGAGCUCUUUUUUUGUCGUUUUUAUUGUUUCGAGGGUUGAAGGGUUGAUGAAACUUUGCUGGUAGAUAAUUCGAAGUUUCCUGAUUUUUGUUGAGAAAUGUGUAAGUUUUCUAGUUUUGGAGAUAUUUCGCUUCAAAUUUCGUCAAAUUUGAGGCGACUCGGACCUCGGGACGCAAUUCUAGGGAUCACUUAAGAGUUCUGAGGCUACUAAAGUGAUCACUAGAAAUAUUUCGACACGUCCGGUUCGUGAUACCAAAGUCCGAGGAUACAAACUUCAACAAAUUGUGCUAUAAUCCAGAAAGCCUGGGACUCUUCUAGGGAUCACUUAAGAGUUCUGGGACUCAAGACUACAAAAAUCUCAAACUUGAAAAAAAGAAGCAAAACAGCUACUCGACAGCCUUUUUAAGAACCUUUUGAGGUCUUUUUCCGUAACUUUUUCGGAUCCACGGUAGAAAUAUUUCUCCCCAUCUCUAUACUUUGAUCAGGACCUUUCGAAAGACCCCUUUAAGCAAAAUUCCAUCAAACUCUUCGACCUUUUCGCUUGUUGACGUUUUUUUUUCUUGUUCACUCGGAAACCAUGAAUUAAUCUGCAGAAGGAAGGAUGACCGACGCCGAGGACAUUGCCCACAUAAUGCACCAGUUGCAGUCCUCCUCCUCGGAGAUCGGCGCCGCUCUGCCCGAAGGCACGGUCGCCUCCGCCUCCGGACUCCUUCCCAAUGGAAAAAAGACCAAGGGUUCGUUUUGUGAAUGGGUAGGAAGAAGUAGGCUGAUAGUUUGCUCCGUUGCUCAAAAUUGAAAAAAGAUAGAUUUUUUCAUAGUAAUCAUCUCAGAAGUAUCAAGUAGAAUUUGGGUGAAAAUGAGAAUUUUGAUGGAGUUUUGGUCCUCGCGAAACUGACCUGUCUACAGUUGUGCUACGCGGUCGAAAAUCUGCCAUUUUUCAAACCUUUUUAACUUAAAAAGGGGGCGGGGGGUGAGUGAUUGAAAAUGGGAAAAAAAGCAGUAUAAUGUAAAUUAUGAAAUGGGUUGGGAAAUCUCGCGAUCGUGGGCCUAGUCGGCAAUCACGAAAUUGAAUCUUAAGAUUUUUUUGAAACAGAAUAGGGGGGCAUUUUUUUCCAUCAAAAGAAAAAGACCAAGAAUUUUUUCCGAUCAUUAAAAAUGAACAGAUUGACUAGAUAUUGAUUCUAUAGAAACGUUUAAAAAAACUCUAUUUUUUUAUUUUUUUACUUAAGACUAUGGACAGUAAAAAAAACGGUAAACGUUUGAAAUGGACACAUAAUAAAAAAAUUUUGAGUUUAUAGAGAUUGGUUCUUCUAAAUUUUUCCUAGAAAAAAAUUGAGAAGCUCUGUAGUUUUUUUCUAAUGUUCUGAGAGCUUUUAGAAAUUUCAAGAGGACUAGGAGAAGCUUUUAGAAAUUUCAAAAUGACUAGGAGAAGCGAAAUCUCGAAAUCACUGUUUCAAGAACAUUUCAAAACAUUUGCUUUUUUUUCUUUUAUGAUGUUCUUUUCAUAAAAUUACAGAAAACGAUUUGCAAUUAAUCGAUUGGAAUAUCUUCAGGUCGCGUCAAAAUCAAGAUGGAGUACAUCGGCAACAAACUGCGGCGCUACACAACUUUCAGCAAGAGAAAGACGGGUAUCAUGAAGAAAGUGAGGCCUCUCCCAAUCGAAAAAGACAACAAACACGUGCGAUUUGAGGCGUACGAACUGUCGACGCUGACGGGUACACAGGUGAUGCUCCUGGUGGCGUCCGAAACGGGUCACGUCUACACGUACGCGACGAAGAAACUCCAGCCGAUGAUCUCCUCGGACGCCGGCAAGGCCCUCAUCCAGACCUGUCUUAACUCGCCUGGAGGUUUGUUUCGUUGUCUUGGGAUGGGCUAGUUUAGAACUGGAGGAGGAGCUGAAUGUCAGAAGCUUUUUUUUCAACCAAUACAGUAAAAUCGAAGAAAAUUUAGUUCACUUCAAUGUUUUCACAAUGAAUUUUAAAACAAUUGUGGUGGUUUUUUUAAUUUUCAUUUCCAGGCGUCGUUCAAAUAGUUAGCAUUCAUAACGAAAACAAAAAUUAGCCGCUGUUCUAAAAAAUGAAAAAUGAAUUAGUCUUGGUAUUUAUUGCAAGUGCAAGUGCGCGCCACGGCUAAAAACUAUAACAGUUGCGUUUUGAUCCUUCAAAUGUUACUUUUUGAUCAAUAUUUUUGGACUUUUUUUCAUGAUUUAAUCUCUAUUUUGUUUUUUAUAGUUCAGAUAUUUCUUUGACGCUUUCGAUUUCAGAACUUUGGAAUUUUUCAGGUUAAAUUUGGAAUUAUUUGGUGUUCAUAUAAGAAACCUUUCUUGUCAAAAAAAGUCUUGAAGUUAUUUUUCAAAAUAAGAAUUUACAACUUUUGGAAAAUGUCAUACUAAAAAGCCGCAAAAUUUGGAAAAAAAUUUUGGUUCAGAAGUUUUUUAAUACAUUCCCGUAUAUCUGAUAUUAGAAAAACUCCGACACGAAUCCAAAUUUUUCUUUAUUUUGUUGGCCUUUUAUCAAAAAUCAACCAUUUUCUCGUUCAGAAGGAACGGACCUGCAGCCGAGCCGGACAGAGUUCACCUUCGAAACGGGAAAUGCGACGGUGAACCCGAGAAAACGGAAAAUCACCGACAUUUCCGACAAUUCUGCGGUUAGUUCUCUUCGAAUUUUUCCUACCGUACCGAGAAGCCUGGAACUGGUUCUAUCUACCGUAGCGCGUCGUGCUGCCUUAUAGGGAAUGCGGCUAGGCUCCGCCCCCUUUUUCUCUUCUUCUCUGCCUCGCCUUUUCUGGACUCUCUUGGGAAAUUUGUUCAUUUCCAUAGGAUCGCUUUUUCGAGAGGCUUCCGAAAAAUUUGUUUUGAUAAUAUCGAUUUAUACAAUUCUCCUAGAAAAAUUGAAGUUGGGAAGAAAGUUUCGAAAAUUUUAGGUCCAAUUUCAAUUUUUUUUUUCUCCGUUAAAUGUUCUAAAAACUGCGUUUUGCUGAAUAAUAGGUGAUUCUUCUAUCGGAUUACUGUUCUAAGAAGUAUUUUUAAACAGCGUUAGUUUAUUUUCAUACUUGUUGAACUGUAUUUAUUGAAUGUUUAUUUUUAACAGCUGUCGAAAUUAAUAAUCGCCUAAAUCCAGCUCUAAAAGGAUUUUUUGAAAGAGCAACCUAUUUUUCAAAAGUUUUUCAAUCCGUUUAUUUUCAGUUUGAAUACUUUUGAUCCUUCUCAAAUUCUUUUUAGAAUACUUUCCAAUUUCUGUACGUUCCUUUUUCGUUUUUUCAAAGCGUUCCCAUAGACCUUUUACCGGCAAUUAUGUUUUUGUUUUUGAGAAACGGGAGGAUGUCAAACCAGCUUUUUUUGUGAUUACUGUAGGUUUUUUUGAACUUUAGGGUUUUUGCGGUUCUUUGGCUAGCAAACGAUGAUUUAGUGUGUUUCUACAAACGAAGAUCUUUAAAUUUUUUUAAAUUUUUUUAGGUUUACCAGCACACUUUCGGGUAUCUAUAAUGAUUUUAGGCUUCAAACUUGGAUGCUGGCUUUUUUUUUACUGAAUUGACUUCUGCUCAUUUUUCAGUAGGCCUCUUUUAUAUCAAAUAAAGCUUCAAAGGAAUGGCUUCGAUCCAAAAUUUCGAAAUUUAGUAACCAUAUAUACCCUUGAAAGAACGAGGUAUUUCUAGAAUUAAAAAACAGUUUUUUUUGCUCAUUUUUUUUUUCAAAUUUUGGGAAUCCCGAAGCACACAAUGUAUGGGAAUGCUUUUUUGAGCUUAAAUCAUUUUAUGAAUCAUCAUUUUACAUUUAUAAGGCUCUUUUUUUAUGAGGAAAAAAAUAAGUAAAAACUUCAUCUUCUUUUUGAAAAGGAUGAACCUAGGGAUCCACUGUUUUUAAAUUAAAAAACUCUAAGUUUAAUAACUUUGAGAUUUUCAAAAAAAUCUCGGCGUCCUUCAUCUCCAACUCUAACUUUGAGUGGCCGUCCUUCAAAGCGAAAAAGGCCCUUCUUUCGAAUCGUUCCCAUCGACGGCUCAGCUUGCAUUUGUCUUGGAGAGGAAGAAGUUGGGAACAACGUGAUUUUACGACGGCCGCCGCCGCCGCGUUUGGGACGGCGUGGGCAGAGGCAGUUUUAGGGAUCGCACAUGUGGUGAUGGUGCACUUGGAAAGGAGCCCCACGUCCAAUCCAUCCAUCCGGCAGCUUUCGUUGGAAGGAAGGCGAAGAGCCGUUGUAAUGCCCUCCCAUACGGCUCCCCGAUCCAAUCGGGGAUCCGAUUUGGCCUCCAGAAAUCCUAGGCGAUUCCAUUUCACUCACUCACACAUUUAACAUGUCCGGUGGGUGUAAUUGUCCCUGGGAGGGUUUUGGAUACGGUGGAUUUGUGUGGAAGGACAGUUUCACACGUUUAUUUUAUCUUAAAGUACUUGGUAGUUGAGUUAUUGGUCAAAUGGUGACUAUCUUGAAAAUUUUCCCGACUUACUAGGGAACAUUUUUUAGACCCGGUUGAACUGACAUUGCAGAAGUGUACUCUGGGCCCUUAUGAUUGCGGAAAAAAUUCUCACAAUAGCUUUUAUUUUUGAGUUAAGACACUUCAAAAACUUAAAAUAGCGCUUUUUGUCGUGAUUUGCCUAUUUUACAAGCUUUAAAGCUUCAAACUAGACCUAUUGCGAGAAAUUUUUCUCUUUUUUUCUGAAAUCAGGGAGGUCCUAAAGUGCACUUCAGCAAAGUUUCAUUAAAGUUUCAACCGGAGAGGGGGAAAUAAGAAGUUUUUCUUUCAGAACUUAAUAAAAGCUGAUUUGGUCAGAAGAACCCAAUAUAAAAUGUUGAAUUGAAUAAGAACCCAAUAUUCAUUGACCAAGGGUCGAAUUUUUAUAUUUUCUCGUUUUUUUCUUCAAAAUCUGCUGCGUAGAAAGCUUGAAACUUUUUUAUUUUAUCACCAAAUGCCGCUAAAUUGUGCGCUUUUCUCAAAUUUUUCUGGCCUCUCUCAUCGCCUGAACCAACACUUUCCGAUCCGAACUUUCCUUUUCUUCCAUUAACUUUCCAUAAAAGGCAACUGCCUAUCUCCUUCGGAUCAACAACUCUUCCGAGCACUCUCAUGCUCUCUGUAACGAGCUGUCGGUUAGGAGAGUGAAGCACGUCACGAGAAUCGCUCUCGCAGAAAAACGAGGCGAAAAAAAGGGCCGUGUGUGGCGGCUCCUUUUUGCUCCUUGGAAGCCAAAAAGCGGAGACAACUGCCACAAUCAGUCAAUAGUUGGAUGGCGGGGGGCUCGCGGAGCACACGUAGAGCAGCUCAAUCGGUUGUUUGCCACCGAUGGAGCGGCCGCGUGACGAUCCCCUCCAGGAAAAGAGGAGAAAAAAAUCAACUUGCAAACAGCUUGGCAAAUUUUUGGAGAGAAUGGCGUGAUUCAUGGAGUUUUUAUUAGGACUGAUGAAACUUUUGUUCUUUUUACCUUGUUGACGUGUCAGGUACAUCAAAGAACGUUAAGGUUUAUGAGAAAUAAAUUAGAUCAGCUGAAAAGUAUGAUGUUCGAAUAUUACCGUGAAUAACUAUCUUUUAGCUCGUUGCUUUUAGAACUAAUGAAUUUUAGGGUGAGAAAAUAAAAUACCAAAACAUGGAGUAUAGUUUCUAUCAAUUUGAAAGAGUUUUCAGAGAGUAAGAGAUUUUUUCCAAAAAAAUAUUUAGUUUUACUUGUCCCAAAAAAAUAUUAAAAAAAUUGAACUACAGUCUCUAUAAUCAUCCUAGAAAGAUCACUGAAUAGUUUAGUUCUGAAAAAAAAAUUUUGAAUGUUAUGCAAUUUUUAAAGUUCGGUAUUCAAAAAAUGUGCCCCUUAAAAAAAAUUCGGAUGAAAAUUUCAAGAUUCAUUACAUAUCGUUUUUAAACGUUUCAUGAAAGAUCUUGUCUAUUUUUAGUUUUUAGUUGGUUUUUCAAAGCUUGAAAAUUUCAUUUUGAAAAAAGUAUAAGUUUCAAAAUUUAAAAUAUUUUUAGCAUACUUCAACGUUUCACAGGAAUAUCAAAGUGAAGAUUUUGCAUAUUUUUCAUUGGUCCUACUGCAAUUAGUUCAAAAAAAAAUCAUUUGGAAAGUUUUGGGAAUUUUUUUAAUUUGUAAAGUGGAAAUCAAGCUCAGUUUCGGCUUUCAACCCAGACAUUUCAUGGUUGUUUUCCACUUUCGGAUGCUUGUACUUUGACAAGAACACGGAAGAGUGGAGUUUCUCCUCUCCCGCUCUAUCUCGUUUUUUCGAGCUUUGUUGUUCUUUUGGAUGUUCGCCGAGCAUGAUGAAUGAGCCGGUUGGAGUCCGGACUCUGCGACCUACUGAGGAGCUCCGAAAAGUGUAACAUCCCAUCUCGAAUCGGGGAAAGUUCGCAAAACAACUCGUUUUUUUUUUGCCCCCUUCCGUUCGUCUUGUGCGCAUGACAAACUUUGGCGUGAUUAUCCCCGGAAAAUAAAGAGAAAAGUGUGAUGUUCGGGGAUCAUCUGGCAGCAGCCCCAUCGCCAUUACGUGUUACUUCGUUUCUCUUGAUUUUCCCUCCCGGUGAAAACAAGAAGAAGGAGGAGCUCUCUUUGGAAACGACCGCAACACAUUACACUCUUUCCGGGUGCUGGAUUCUUCUCCGCCCUGAAAAGCUAUAUAUCGGAACGGAAUGAAGACGCGCCGAAGAAGCGUUACACAACCUAAAUGGCAGUGUAAAGCCGUUUAGGAGCCGAGCCUCUUGGACCGGAAUUCGAGUUGAGAUGGAAAUGGUUGUGAAAUUCUCCUGCAAGGGUGAAUUUCUUAGGAUGAUGGCUGUUUUUUGGAACACAUCAGACUCUAAAAAGCCCUAGAGAGCUUGAGGAUGUUUUUGGCGAUUUCUUUUCCAUAGCGCUGCUUGUGAAAUCCUUCUGCAAGUGUCAAAAUGGACUUUCAGGCCUACUGUAGCUUUGAAAAUCCUUUGAGAGGUCGAAAAUGAUUUAUAGGGGAUCUGCCAUUCACUAUUAAGUGAUUUUUGAAACAAAGUUCAUUUUUCCUUAAUCAAAGUUAAUCCUCUCUGGGAAGCUCUUACUCAGAAAGGCUGUAUAGGCCAUUCCGCGCCAGCUUGUCACGUUUUUUUUUCCGCCAAAAUGCUAGGUCAAAUUUAACCGACUUUCGCUUCAAGACCUUUGUUACUUGCCGUUAUGAAAGCAGAAAUUUGAUCUAAUUUGGUAUACGGUCUUUUUGGCGGAAAGAAAAACGUGACUGGCGCGGAAUAGGUUAUACCUAUGACUCAUUUUCUUCUCCAAGUUCUUCUAAUAGUUUGAAAAAAUGCUCACGUCAAGACAGCUCCAACGGUAAUGGAACUGUCUGUGUGUGGGGGAGGCCUGCCAACCCGAAAACAGACCGGUUAGAGCAUAUUCUCUGCGUCUCCGCCACAAACGGCACUAUUUCGCUGCCGUUGGCUUCUUGUGACUGUGUUUGUAUUUGGGGCGACUAUGCUCCCAUCUCUUUUUUUUUCCCUUGCCUUUUUCCUCCAAAGUGGCUUCCCGUUCUUUUGCGGCAAAUGACGUUGAUAGGACGUUCGAGGAACAUGGAAAGUUCGGGGAAUCGACUGGGAUGAAAUGGAAAGAGACAAAAUCGGAAAAAGAAAAGUUAGGAAAUUUUUUUGGGAAUAUCAAGGUUGUAGCUUGUGAACUAUAUGAUUGAUGGUCUGAAAAUUUUGUCUGGAAAGCAUAGCGAUUAAAGAAAAUUGAGAGCAAGUCUUGGAAAAGUCUUGGAAAGAUCUGCUUGGAUCAUUCAAACACCCAGUCAGGGCGAAAACUUCUGAAAAAGGUCGCAAAUAAAACGGAGACAGAAUAGCUAUAGAAAAUUAGCAAGAAAGAAACAGCCACGGACUAAAAACAUCAUAUUGGGUAAGAGCAUUGAAAAAUGGCCAUUUCAAGUUGAAGAUUUACGCUCUAUGGAUAAUAAGCGUCACGAAGUCGGAAGGAGCAAAUCUUUGAAAUUAUUAAUGGUUGAUUCCAGUUAUUUAUCAUGAUUACUAUGAAACUUUUCACUUCCAGGCGAUCGCCAGCUUCUUGCCGACGAUGGUGCCGACGACGCUUUUCUCGGCGUUUGGCGAGGAAGACUACAAUCAGGACGAAAGCGGCGACGAUUCCGAUUCGGAAGAGGCCAGCGACGUCAAGGAGGACGACGACAAGAAGGAUGGUCAGUUGGAUGACGAAAUAAAUGUCUUGGUCCGAAUAAGGUAGAGUUCAUCAGAGAAUCAAGGCUUUUAGAACUUCAGAAGUUUGAUUUUAAGAAAAAAUCAGUUCAGAAUCUCCUUGGGGUACAUUAAGGAGAGUUUUGAUUGAUAUUCGAAAAAGUUCUCAACCUCAAAGGACCUUCCUUUUUAGGCUUGCCACUGAGUACUCACAGAAAGAUUUGAGAACUUUCAAAACUUAACCUUUCUGGAAGUUGAGACACUGGCAGCGGCCGUAAAACGGCGAGCCGAUGGGCCGUCGUUUUGAUUUAGGGCUCCGCAUAAGGUCAGCACAUGUGUCGGUCGCGGCUCCUCGUCUAACCAACUUUUAAGGCUUUCUCAGCGAUUUUGGGGCACUUUCUUGGGGAUUACCCGGUUAAUAAUUUUUUCAAAAAAUACUUUUGAGUUUUUGCUGUAGGUUUUUCUUUACUAGUUCUUCCGGCAAGAAUUUGGGAAUUCCAGAGUGUAGGGGUUCAGGGGAAAAACAGCCCCUAUAGGGGCAAAAACAGUGGUCCCUAUAGAGGUGUUUCAAUUUCCUUCAAGAAAAUGAAAAUUCUUCUUCGCUCAGAGUUCAUAAACAUUGUAGACUGGCAUUUUUCUUACAGGGGGCCUCUUUUGCGUGCUUUCGCGGUCCCUAUAGAGGUUGGAAAAGUGGUCCCUGAAAUGGACCCUCCAAGGCUCCUAAGCUUGUCGCUGUAGGGACCACUUGGAAGUAUCUAUUCAAUUACAGUGACCCUUGAAGAUUGAAAAAGAUAACUACAUUUUGGAGAGCCAUUGAUGAAUCCACAUUUAGUAAAAAUCACUUUAGACUUGGUAAAAGAAUUGAAUAUUUUUUCGGAUAUAUGUUUCUUCAGAGGAGAUUGUCAGAAUUGAGACUUGACCAAGAAAAACGCGUCUAUACUUCAGAAGGUUCCGACGUGACGGCGUCACUGCAACAAACGCUGAAAGACGCGCUGAAGGCGGCGGCGACGACGCGUCAGCAACAGCAGAAGAAGCAGAAGCCGCAGCAGACCCCCGUCAACAACGCCAACCCCAACACCUUCCUCGCGCCGUUCCUCCUCCAAGGUACGCCUUUUCCAGCAACCGUUACCUCACCCCCAACCCUUCUCCUUGCCUUCCCCUAUACUCUAUUCCUCACAAAAAAUCUCUUUUUUGGUGAUGAUCCAAAGAAAAAACUACCUUUCGGCUUUGGAACUCUGGAAACUCAGAAAAACGUUCCUUAUCAGUUUUUCCUCUAGUAGUUGCCCUUUUUCAAAACUAUCCCCCUUCGGAACCGUUUUCCCACCCAGCACGAGUCUCUCUUCUACAGGCCUAACCACGACCACCACUAACAACGGCACCAUUUUCCAACUUCCCCAGGGCUGCGUCUACACCAGCACGUCUUCUUCUUCGCCAGACAGUAUGUUCCAAAAAUGUGUCGGAAGAGCGAAAAAAUAGCCGCAGCUCAAAAAUAGUCAAAAAUGAGAACUUGGAAAAAUCGCCUGGACUGGUCUGGUUUGAAGCUUUUGUGCUCCAUGGAUAAUUUCAUGAAAAAAGCUUUCGAAAGCCUAUUCGAGCUUAUUCACUAUGACUGGCCAUAUUUUGAAACUCUUAAUUUUGAUAAGUUUCAAAAAAGGGACAAAAAUCUAUUAGGACGAUAUUACUAAGAAAGAGAAUUGAAAUCGAAUUUUCUUCAAAAAUCUGUUAUUUUAGAGCUUUCGCGCUCUGAUGACAAUUUUUUAAAACUCGUGUGAGAGCUCGAACAUUGGUAACGCGAAACGGACGCGCUCUGAGCACUUCUAGGGAUCACUUAAGAGUGCUGAGGCUACUAAAGUGGUCACUAAAAAUGCCCCGACACGUCCGAGAGUGGGAAAUAUUAUAUUGUCAAUGGAGCACUUUCCCCGCGGCUAUUUUUUCGUUGACCUCGCUUUUAUCCCUUUUUCCCCGAUUUCAUUGCGCCUUUUUCUAUAAGAACCUUACCCACUCCUAAAUCUAACAUUAAUAAGUUUAUCUUUUUCCCCGCUUCAAAAAUGAAUUUGAAGGUGGCGCCAACGCCAAUUCGCUGUUCACCUCGUCUUCCAAGGGCGAAGACGCCGCCGCCGCCAAUCCGCUCUUCAGUUUUCCCUUCUCGAUCAACCUCCAACAGGUUUCUUUUUGUAGUUUUGAAAUGAAUUUGUGAAAUUUAAAAGGUUUUAAAGUUUUUGAUGGUUUUAAAAGCUGACGGGCUUCUUUUUAAAGCGGUUGGAUCCUUUAUUUCACUUUUUUCGAAGUUGAACCGAAUCUGAGGGAAAUUUUGGAAGGAAAAAACAAUAUUUUAAAGUUGAUAACAAGUUUUGAUUGCUGAAAAUUUGAAAAAGGUCGAUUUAUUGAUAUUUUUUUCUCAAACUCAUAGGAAAAAUUGAUGAAUUUUUGGGAUCUUUAUACGAAAAAUAAGUCCAUAAGCUCAUUGUCGUAGUGUUUGAAUGAGAAAUUUUAAACUUUCAUGACUUUUAAGGCUAACUUUUCUUCACAGUAAAAAAAAGAGUAAGGAUUUUCAAUUUAGUGUGACUUUUUUACGAUUUUUAGAAGGAAGGAAAAAAUUUUUUUGGUAUUUAAAAGCAGAAAAAACUAGUUUUUCUUCAAUUUGAAGACCUUUAAAGUAUUUUUAAAAAAAAUCUUCCAAGUUUUUUUACUUUUUUUAAAAACCGAAUUAUCAUUUGAAUCUGAAAUCUUCAAAUCUGACCUAAAAACCAUUUUUCAGUUCAUGGAGUCGGCGGCUCUCGGAGCACAAAUCACCAACGCCGAAUAG